GACAGCCGCGCAGUAGCUCUUCGGCGUCGCUACGCGGCGGUUGUUUUGUUUUAUUCAUUCUCUCUCAUUACCACGUACCACAUGUUAAUUCAUUAGUUUUCCUUGCGAGAAAACCAAGUGAAAUAGUUUUGCGUUUACGCAUUUGUGAGUGAGUUUAUUUCAUGCGCUUAUGAUAAACAUUUAGCGUCAGAAGUUUUUUGAACGUUCAGUGGCGGCAGUAGCAAAGAAAGUGUUGGUAAUGCGUCGUCGUCCCACGAUGAUGAUGGUGGGGACACCAUGAACCGGGAGAACGUCACCAACAAGAUCGCGGCUGGUAUGGACCGUUGGCAAAACACGAUCGAAGAUAUGAUCAAUUUACGUUCUUCUAAUAAUCACGCUUUUAAAGACAACUAUUGGGCACAAAACGGAUUUGACGAGCUACGUCGCUAUGUAAAACAAGGCAGCGACUUUAGUAAGGAGCUGGCGUGUAUUUUACAAGAAAGGGUUGAAGCAGAAAAUUAUUACUCAAAAUGUUUAGCAAAACUCGGGACGAAGUUGAGCAAAGCGUGCAAAGAGAGUGUAGGCUCUUGUGCGGAUGCGUGGAAACAUGUCGCAAUGGAAAUGGAGAAACGUGCCGAAAUACACAGGAAUUACUCCAGCGCACUAACGGAGGAGUUGGUUAAACCUAUGAAAAAUGUAAUCGACAAUCAGUUGAAAUUAAGAAAGAAGAUCGAAGGCAAUGUUGAUAAAACAACAAGAACGCUUUCCGAUUGGAGAUCAGCAGAAGUCAAAUCGAAGAGGCAAUCUCAUGCCGCUGCAAGAGAAAACGAAAAACUCCAAGACGCUUCUCUAGAGAUUAGCCGCAUGUCGCGAAGUUCAAGUAUGGGCCAUAUUCCGCAUUCCAUCUUGAGCGCCGCUCGCGCAGAGCGUAUAACAAGUUCGGCAAAUGAACGAGAUGCUGCCAAGCUGCAAGUCAAGAAAAGAAAGACUGAAGACGCCGUCAAAAAGACUGAAGCGGAAUAUUAUAACGUAUGUGUUCAUGCGGAACGAGCAAGGCUGGAGUGGGAGACGAGCGUAGUGAAAGGAGCGGGUAUGCUUGAAUCUCUGGAAGAAGAGAGACUCGCGCAAUUAAAGAGCUCAGCCGAUUGUUAUCUCAGGUUGACGGCAGCCGUUCCACCGCAAUUAGCGGAGGCAACGAAUGCUUUAGUGGGACCGAUAAAGAAUGCCAACGCUAACUUGGAUAUGAGAGUGGUGCGAGGCGUGCGGUCUGCGCCGGCGGGCGCGAGCGAGCAACUUCUUCCCGACUUCUAUUGCGAACACACAACAUUGGCAAUGAAUCGAGAGCGUCGUAAACAAGCUUUACUGAAAAUACUGCAACUAGUUAAGCAAGAUAUCGAAAGAGAAAGGAAAUCAAAGCAAGGAUUAGAAAAAUUAUCAAUGGCUAUGAAGCAAACGCCGACGUUUGGAAAUGACGACUCUCAACAAAAUGUCGCAGAUAAACUGUACCAUAUGCGAGCAAUGCUCACAUAUUUAGAAGCGAUCAGAUACAAAAUAACUUCGACUCUAAGCGAACUGGAUAGCAGACAAGCGGUGCAGCACCCCCUGGCAGCGCACAUUCAAGUUAUAAGAGAUAAACAGGGCCUGCAACAAAGUAUACUUAAAGUCCCGCCAUGGUUGCAAGCGGACUAUCAGAACGAAGUCAACAAGAACUUACAACCAAAUUACACUGCUCUCACCAAGAGCGUGAACGGCGGAGAAGAGAGAGAGAGGCGGGACUCUAUCAUGAGUCGAGCGUCUAGCAAGUUACGCAUAGAGCACCUGUCGUUCAGAAGGAACACAGAGCACAAGAGUGCGCCGACCACUCCGAUAUGCUCUGAGCUUCCAUCACCCACUGUGAUACCGCCACCCACUCCGGAAGCCCCUCCUCCGCCAGACAGCCCUCUGGACUGGAGCGAGCGCGGCGCUGGGGAUGGCCUGUCCAACCAGCAUGAUAGCGACUUUGAUGAAUUCUCGUCCCAGAGCGAUAGUUCAACAGAUUUGAAUUGUUUGGGAAAAAAUGAUGGAAGCGAUGAAACACCUCAAAAAUACAUUGGAAAGUGUCGGGCUUUAUACACUUAUGAGGCAAGAUUAAAUGAUGAGCUGACAUUAGCCCCAGGUGAUAUAAUAAACAUAUAUGAAAAACAAGACGACGUCUGGUGGAGCGGGGACCUUAACGGAAGUUUCGGUAUAUUUCCCUCGUCGUACGUCGAAGAAAUAACAUCUUGUAUAUAAGCGGGUAUCAUUACUGCAUUUAGCAACAAAUGUUAUACAUAAAAUCGUUAUUUUUGUACAUAUAAGUAUAAUAUAUAAGCUCACAUCGAACCCAGUUGAUUGUUUACUAAUUUAUUUCAUAUAUAUCUUUGUUGUAAGUAUUGUGAAUAAGAAUUCGACUGCACAAAGUGAUACUUCAAUGAAGAAGCAUUAAACUUAGAUAUAUUGAUGUUUAGCUACUUUAGAUGUUUUUAUUUGUAUCAUAUUUAUUACAUCUUACACGCAUUAUUUUUCUCAAUAAAAUAAUCAUUAGAUAUAUAUCAAUUUUAUUAGUUGUAUAAAUUAUGAGUGUCGACCUUGUGACAUUGUUUUAUGUUUACUUAGAUGAUUAUACAUAGUCUUUAAAUAAUACCAAAGUAUUGUAUGUAAUAAAGUUAUGAACGCUC